AUGGAUACGGCUCUGGAUUUGUCCAACCCAGAAGGAGCACUUGAUCUGGACAAUAUUCGCUUCCAGCUCAUACGGCUCGAAGACACCAUAACCUUUCACUUGAUCGAACGUGUCCAGUUUCCUCUCAAUGCUGCCAUCUAUGACCCAGACAAGCUUCCUAUACCUUCCUACAACCUUGCCCUGCCUCCGAAUCUGUCGCUGGCCGACUACAUGCUGUCAGAGACCGAGAGGUUACACUCUUUAGUCCGCAGAUACGAUGCUCCAGACGAGCACCCAUUCUUUCCUCAAGUCCUGCAGCGGCCGAUAAUGCAGCCUAUCAAGUAUCCUAUUAUCCUCCAUCCGAACAACGUGAACGUCAACUCCACAAUUAAAGACAAGUACAUCACGGAGAUUCUGCCAGAAGCCUGCCGCGAUUUUGGUCGCACAGAUCGAGGCGAGACCAAGGAGAACUACGGCAGUGCCGCUUGCUGCGACAUAGCCUGUUUGCAAGCUCUGAGCCGGAGGAUACACUUUGGUAAAUUUGUGGCUGAGAGCAAAUUUCGCAAAGAGACUGAGCGUUUCGUCAAGCUGAUAAAGGCUGUGGACCGGCAAGGAAUUGACGAGGCCAUCACAAAUGCUGCAGUUGAGAAGAAAGUCCUGGAAAGACUACGGCUCAAGGCCAAGACGUAUGGCACAGAUCCUUCACUAUCAGCGGCCGUGAAUGAUCAUAAAGAGAAGAUAAAUAUUGAGGCUGUCGUAAAGAUGUAUGCUCAAGUUGUGAUACCACUAACGAAAGUGGUUGAGGUUGAAUAUCUCAUACAGAGACUGAAGGGCACUGAGUGGGAAUGA